AUGAUUACGAAUCAAACGAUCGGUGAUUUUAAACGUAUAGGGUCUGUUCAAGUUCAUAUUACAGUCUAUGCAUCAUUAUACUGUUUACAAUUGAUGAAUCGCGGUCAUCUCCUUGAUGUCGCUGGUGUUAUUGAUCACCAUUUAACUUUAAUUUUACCUGGUGCUUUGAUUUCUGAUGGCUGUCAUAAAAGGAAUCUGGAACAGUCAGUUGGGCCUACCGUUGAUAAUCUAUUCAAUUCUCCUGUAUCUGAACCUGGUCCUACAAAAAUACCUUCUGUAAUUGGAACUAGAAAACCGAAUACUACACGGUUGACUCUGGAACUUGAUGAAGGAAAAUUCAAACGUGAUCAGGUGGCUGACUUUUUUGAGGAACAUACUGAAAGUGGUACGACUGACAUUAGAAAUGAUGAACCUGUGAUAGUAACAACAAAAAGGAAUCUGGAACAGUCAGUUGGGCCUACCGUUGAUAAUCUAUUCAAUUCUCCUGUAUCUGAACCUGGUCCUACAAAAAUACCUUCUGUAAUUGGAACUAGAAAACCGAAUACUACACGGUCUAGUGCUAAAAAAGGUGGAUUGGGGGCAUCAAAGGUGAAAGCUGAUUUCUCUGCCAUCGUUUCGGCUGCCGAACGUGCUGAUAUUGAAAAAAAAUGUCAGAUUCGUUCAACUGACCAGGAUUUAGAAGAUAAGGAAAAACGUAAUGAAGAACGACUUGCGUCCAUUCGGUUAGCGUAUAAAGAUAUUACCGAUGGAUGUGAAAGUCAAGACACUGCCAACUUGAAGUCUACAGACUCUCAACGUGCCAAACAAGCUGAACGCCUUGGUAUGGGUAAAAUAGGUACAGGCAACAGAGAAAUAUCGCACUCAGCAUUUGCUAAUAUUCAAAAAAUAGAGCAAGAAAACUCGGCUCCCACCCACACUUCAUCGCUAAGUUCAAAUUUGGACCCUUUCUUCAUUUCAAGUUACAGUAAUAGAGACCGUGAUACACGCAAUUUUUUUGAUUCUGGAGAUGACAAUUUAUUCGGAGGCUCUGCGACGUAUGGUAUGAAUGGCGGAUGGUCAAAAAAUAAAUCAAGGGACAAUGACUGGGAUGGGCAUUUUUCAGAUCCUUUUAAUCAAAAGCCAAACAGAACACGUGAUUUGUCUACUGUUGCUGAUGAAUUUCCAACUAAAUCACCCAGCAAACAGCCUACAUCUCUUUCGUCUAAACAAUCAGAAACUAAUCCAGAUCUAAGUGAAUUAAUGAAGAAAUUUGCCAAUGCGACUUCUAUAUCGUCGGAUGCGUUUUUUGACCGAAAUGAUUCUGAAUCUGAUGGGCUCUCAAGAUUUCAUGGGAGUUCAUCUAUUUCGAGUGAUGAUUAUUUUGGUCAUCCUAAAGUGCGACAGUCUCAGGUAUCUAAUGAAUUACAAAAUAUCAAAGAUGGUGUCAAGCAAAGUGUAACUAAAGUUGCUGGACGGCUGUCAAAUCUGGCAACUGACGUAGUACACACUCUUCAAUCCCCACCUACACGUGAAUCCAGUUUAAACUGUAAAAAUGGUGGCAAAUUAAUGUAUUCGAAAAAUGACAAUAGUGAUGAUGGUGUAAAAUUAUGA